UAGCAAGCACCUGCACAGCGCAACACAAAUCUCCUCGGUCUAUCUCCAGACCAGUCCCGCGAAAAUCUUAGCACUCUCACUCUCUGGCAAAUCUGCUUCUAGGGUUCGGAGGCCACUAUCCUUAUCUGAUUUUGUUGGGUCGGGUUUCUUUUCAGAGUCCUAUACGGAAAUGAAGCCGAAGAGCGAGCAACUUCGCACUUCCAAGCUAAUUACCUACCUUCUAAUCGGACUCGUUGUGCUUCUUGGCUUGACUUGUUUGUACCAUGGAUCCUCCGUCGCUCCUGGACUCUCCUCCAGAUCCGAACGCUACUCUUUUAGCCAUGAGGGCACCGACCCGGUUAUUGGAGGCUUUUCCGAAACCCGUUAUCUUGAUGAUUUGUUCCAGGAGCAUAUACCGCAUAGCAUUCCUAUAUGUGAUGUUAAAUACUCGGAGUUGAUACCGUGUUUAGAUAGAAACCUUAUCUACCAAAUGAAAUUGAAGCCCAAUUUGACAUUGAUGGAGCACUAUGAACGGCAUUGUCCUCCUCAGGAUCGCCGUUUUAAUUGUCUUAUUCCUCCCCCCAUUGGCUACAAGAUUCCUAUAAGAUGGCCUGAGAGUAGAGAUGAAGUAUGGAAGGCAAAUAUACCCCACACGCACCUUGCGCAAGAGAAGUCUGAUCAAAACUGGAUGGUGGUGAAUGGGGAGAAGAUAAAUUUUCCUGGUGGAGGAACCCAUUUCCAUUAUGGGGCUGAUAAGUACAUUGUUGCUCUUGCCAGGAUGCUUAAAUUUCCGAAUGAUAAACUUCACAAUGGUGGGAAUGUCCGGAAUGUUCUUGAUGUUGGUUGUGGGGUUGCAAGCUUUGGAGCCUAUCUUCUUGCCCAUGACAUUAUAGCUAUGUCCAUUGCGCCUAAUGAUGUACAUGAAAAUCAAAUACAAUUUGCAUUAGAAAGAGGGAUUCCAUCGACUCUUGGUGUAUUGGGAACAAAAAGGCUUCCUUUUCCAAGCAGAUCAUUUGAACUGGCUCAUUGUUCAAGAUGUCGGAUUGAUUGGCUCCAAAGAGAUGGAAUUCUUUUAUUAGAACUUGACAGAUUACUGAGACCUGGAGGAUAUUUUGCAUACUCUUCUCCUGAAGCAUAUGCGCAUGAUCCAGAAAAUCGAAGGAUCUGGAAUGCUAUGCAUGAUCUUUUGAAAAGAAUGUGUUGGAGAGUGGUUGUGAGGAAAGACCAGACUGUUAUCUGGGCAAAGCCCACAAGUAAUAGUUGUUUCUUGAAAAGAGAACCUGGAACUCAACCCCCUUUGUGCAGUAUUGAUGAUGACCCAGAUGCAAGUUGGAAUGUACACAUGAAGGCAUGCAUCUCCCUGUACUCAUCAAAGAUGCACAAGGGAAGAGGAAGCGGACUAGUUCCUUGGCCACAGAGGCUUACUGAGGCACCUCCUCGUUUGGAAGAAAUUGGUGUCAGUGCUGAAGAAUUCCAUGAAGACACUAGGAUAUGGCAAUUUAGAGUGAGUGAGUACUGGAAGCAGAUGAAAUCUAUCGUAAGGAAGAAUUACUUCAGAAAUGUCAUGGAUAUGAACUCAAACCUUGGGGGUUUUGGUGCUGCUCUCAAAGAUACAGAUGUAUGGGUGAUGAAUGUGUCUCCUGUCAACCAGUCUUCUAGAUUGAAGAUCAUUUAUGACCGUGGCUUAAUUGGAACUGUUCAUGAUUGGUGUGAAGCAUUUUCUACAUAUCCUCGCACUUAUGAUCUUCUUCAUGCCUGGCAAAUAUUUACCAAGAUUGAGGAGUAUGAUUGUGGUUUAGAGGAUCUACUAAUUGAAAUGGAUCGGAUACUAAGGCCAGAAGGGCUUGUCAUCAUAAGGGACAAACCCUCAAUCAUAAACUAUAUCCGCAAAUUUGUGACUGCCUUAAGGUGGGAUCACUGGAUAUCAGAAGUUGAACCAAGGAGUGAUACUCUCUCCUCAGGUGAAGAACAAGUUUUGAUUGUGAGAAAAAAGUUUUGGAGUGGGGAAGUUUCAACAAUGUGAAUAUGGCUCUGAGGGGCAGCUUGUUGAACUUUUGGAAUCCUGUGUGUCACAUGAUAGGGAAAGUCAGGACUCGUGCUCCAUUGCCAUAUUGAGAGCAGAUUCUUGUUUGUAAGGUUGAGAGUGAAGUAAGAUUUAUACCAUUGUUCGAUGGAAUGUGCAAAGCACAUACACGAUAUACAGCUUUAAAGGCUGCCUAUCCUGGGGAAAAUGAAGAAAAGAGGAGCUUCCAUUUCAAGUAUUUAUUAGGAGAUGGUUUUCUAUUUAUUGGGAUGUAAUUGUUUACACUAAUGUUAUCUCACAUCUAAUCUUGGAACUUAUGUUGCUUAUUUUUCAAAGAUACUCUGUUCUUGGAUUCUUUAUAUGGCAUUGAAAAGAAAAGAAAAGAAAAGUACCAUGAUCA